AUGAUGAUGCAAAAUUCCGAAUUAUGUUGUUCGGACUACAUGACAGAAGAGGAGCACGAGCGAUUGGAAAACGCGAGAAAAGAGCUCGAGAAAGUCCUGCUCGAGGUCGAGAGGAAACCGACGAUGCUGUGGCGAUUGUUCAGGGAAACCGCUCUGUUGGACGGCGGCGAGUGCAGAGACAUCGUGGAGAAACAUAUUUUACCGAGAUUGAAUAGGACGGAUGUGAAAUUCUUGUACGAGGUGAAUACGGAGACGAGAAAGUUGAUUAAGAGAUCAUCUCGCGAGGGGGAGUUGAAAAAAGGGUUUCAUAUUGAAGAGAUGAUGUCGAUAUCGACUUUGGAAGUAGCGUGGAAGCAUUAUCCGUGGGAUGAUUACUUCAUGAACGAACCAUAUUUCUGCUGGAGAGUUGCUCUCACGAAUAAACUCGAGUUGCUCAAGUGGGCGCGAGAGGAGAAAAAGUGUGAGUGGAAUGUAGGGACGAUUAAUAUGGCCGCAGACCAAGGCAAUCUGGAAAUGGUAAAGUAUUGCGUUGCAAAUAAGUGUCCUGUCAAAGAGUUUGCGUGUGCAAAUGCUGCCAAAAACGGUCAUCUCGAGUGCCUCAAAUACUUACGCGAAGAAGUCAAAGCGCCUUGGGGUUCAGAAACUGCCGCUUGGGCGGCUGCAAAUGGCCAUCUCCACAUACUCGAAUAUCUUGUUGAGCGUAAGUAUGAUCAAUAUAGCGUAUUGGCGUGUCGGUUUGCGGCCCAGAGAGGUCACUUAGACUGUUUGAAGUACUUACACGAAACCGCCAAAUGGCCUUGGGACUCUCAGGCCGUUCGAGAAGCGCACGAGAACAACCACACCGACUGUGUACAAUACCUCCUCGACAACGACUGUCCAUUACCAUAUGGUUGGCGAUACGAAAACGGCGAGUUACACGACGUGACAGAAUCAGAAUCAGAAUAA